UACUCUACGGUCAGAGGCGAGUAUUCGGUGGUUUGCAAUCCGUCUGGGACCUCAGUUGCGAGAUCCAGGGCCUGUCUUCUCUUCUCUUCUCUUCUACUCACUACUGCACAUAUUCUCUCUCUCUCUCUCUCUCUCUCUCUCUCUCUCUCUCCAUGCAGCUGUAUUGAAUGAUUCGAUGAUUCCCCAAGUUUCAUCUUGAUUUGAUCUGUAAGUUGGGGCUUUUUGGGAUUGAUUGGGUGAGUUUGUUGUUGGAUCUGAGUGUGGAUUGGUCGGGAAAUAUUAGGGUUUUGGAAUUUGGUUGCUGUGCAGUUCGUUUGGGAGUAUUUCGGGUUUAAGGCGACUGCUUGAGUAGAUGGCUUCGAAUCCUCCUUCGUUCCUGGUGGAGGAUAAUACGGAUGAGGAUUUUUUCGAUAAAUUAGUGAAUGACGAUGACGACGUUGACUUCAAGCUGACUAGAGAAGCGUCUAAGGCGCCAUUGCUGUCGGAUGGGAAUGAAUCUGAUGAUGCUAAGGCGUUUGCCAAUCUGGGUAUCAACGAACUUGUGGAUAAUGAUGAUGGCAUUAGUAGAACCGACAAUGAUUUUGGCGCACAAACUAAGAAUGUUGAGCAGAUAAGUGGUUUUGGAGUUUUUGAGAAAAAUGGAAACUCGUUGGAUUUGACUGAAAUCGAUAAAUUGGCAAUUCAAUCGAAAAAUGAGGUUGCGAUUGCCCAAGUGUUAGCUGAUUCAUCAUCUGCGAGCGGCGACGGUUUAACUGAUACGAAUGUGGUUGGAAAGGCUAGUUUUGAGCCAUCUGAUAGUACGGCAGUCGAGAGUCAGAGCAGUAGCGUGGAUAGUUCUGAUACAGCUUUGUUGAGUAAGAGCGGCGGUGAUUCGGAGUCGCCAGGAGUUAAAGAAGUGGGAUGGAAUUCAUUUCAUGCUGAUUCAUUUGACAAUGGCGAUAAUGGUUUUGGAUCGUACUCCGAUUUUUUCAGUGAAAUAGGAGAUGGUGGCAAUGGAGGUAGCGCAGUUGGAAAUGCAGCCGGGGAUAGUUUGAAGAGCAGGCAGAAAGUUUCUGAUUGGGGGGAAAAUGGGACUCCCGAUAUUAAAUACCCUAAUUAUGAUCCUAAUGAUGCUCAGUACUGGAAUCAGUAUCCAGGCUGGAAGUAUGAUCCAAUUUCCGAGCAGUGGUAUCCGGUUGAUGGAAAUGAAGCCGUUGAAAAUGUGCUAACGAGUGUUCAUGAGACAGAAAAGGUCUCUUAUAUGAUGAAAACUGAUGAAUCUACUCCUGGAAUUGAGGCUGAGACGACAAAUUGGAAUCAGAUAUCUCAACCGGAUGAUCCUACGGCUGUGAUUCCAUCAGACUGGGAUCAGUCUUCACAAGUGAACAGUGUUUACCCACCUCAUAUUUUGUUUGAUCCUCAGUACCCGGGCUGGUAUUAUGAUUCAAUUGCGCAGGAAUGGAAGCCUUUGGAAUCGUACACCGAAUCUGUCUCUUCUACAGCUCAAGUUCAGGAACAGAUGGAGUACAAUCAGCAGACCUACAUUGCAUAUAAUCAAGGUAAUUUCUACGACACUCAAGGCGUCAGCAACCAAGUCCAAGAUCAAGGAUGGACUCAACCUGUCAACUACUAUGGUUCUGAGAAUUCAACCAUGUGGCAACCUAACAAUUCUUCUGGUGCUGCUACUUUUCAGAACAGUGGGAGUCAGUUUAUGGAACAUACCUAUGAGCAAAAUGUUUCAACAGGUGCGGAAAAUGGACAAAAUACUGUUCAUCAUGAGGUUAUGGGCGGAUAUAAUAGAAAUUUUGGUCAAAAUUUGAAUACCUUCCCAAUGCUUCCUGGAACCAAUCAACAUGACCCAAUUCAUGUAGCACGGGACUACUCCAUCAAUCAGAAUUCAGUUGACUUUUCUACGAAACCAUCACAAAUAUCUCAGUCUCAUAUUUCCUAUGCUGCUGUUGCUUCUGGGAGGUCAUCUGCAGGUCGCCCUGCGCAUGCAUUGGUUACGUUUGGUUUUGGUGGAAAGCUAAUUGUGCUGAAAGACAGUAGCUCUCCUGAAAAUAUUUACUCUGGAAGUCAGAAUCACACAGGAAGCUCAAUAUCAGUACUAAACUUAUCAGAAGUAAUCAAUCAAAAGCACGAUGCCUUCGACCAGAGAUUGGGUGCUUGCAGUUAUUUCCAAGCUGUCUCUCAGCGAUGUGUUCCAGGUCCUCUAAGCGGUGGAAGUGUUGGAAGUAGAGAUUUGAACAAGUGGAUUGAUGAAAGAAUAGCCGAGUCCAAUUCUGAUAUGGAUUACAGGCAAUCUGAAGUUUCGAAGCUGCUUCUCUCACUACUUAAACUUUCCUGCCAGUAUUAUGGGAAAUUGCGAUCUCCUUAUGGGGCGGAUGCUGUUUUGAAGGAAAAUGAUGCUCCAGAAUCAGCUGUUGCUAAGCUUUUUGCAUCUGCAAGAAUUAGUGGUUCACAGUAUGGUCAACAUGAUGCCGUUGCAAAGUGCUUGCAGCAAAUGAUGCCAUCUGGAGGUCAGAUGCAGGCCACUGCUGCUGAGGUCCAAUCCCUUUUGGUUUCUGGAAGAAAGAAAGAGGCAUUACAACGUGCACAAGAGGGUCAAUUGUGGGGUCCUGCCCUUGUUCUUGCAGCACAAUUCGGUGACCAGUUCUAUGUGGAAACUGUCAAGCAAAUGGCACAUCGGUUGUUUGUAGCGGGUGCGCCUUUGAGGACAUUGUGCUUGCUCAUAGCUGGUCAACCGGCGGAUGUCUUCUCAGUUGAUAGCACAACUACCAAUAGCAUGGCUGGUGCUUUGAAUAUGGCUCCACAGCCGCUUGAGUUUGGUGCCAAUGGGAUGCUGGAUGAUUGGGCGGAGAAUUUGGCUGUGAUAACUGCAAACAGAACUAAGGAUGAUGAACUUGUCCUCAUGCAUCUCGGGGAUUGUUUAUGGAGGGAAAGAGGCGAUAUCAUUGCUGCACAUAUAUGCUAUUUGAUUGCUGAAGCAAGCUUUGAGUCAUAUUCAGACACUGCAAGAAUGUGUCUUCUCGGAGUUGACCAUUUUAAGUUUCCACGUACAUAUGCGAGUCCAGAGGCUAUUCAGAGGACGGAAAUAUACGAGUAUUCAAAAACCCUCGGAAAUUCUCAGUUCGUCUUGCUUCCAUUUCAACCGUAUAAGCUUGUAUAUGCGCACAUGUUGGCAGAAGUUGGGAAGAUAUCAGAUGCAAUGAAAUACUGCCAAGUGGUUCUUAAAUCCCUCAAAACUGCUCGAACUCCCGAAACAGAGGCUCUACGACAGUUAGCUUCAUCACUCGAAGAAAGAAUCAAAUCCCAUCAACAGGGAGGAUUCUCGACAAACUUAGCUCCCAAAAAGUUGGUUAGGGGAUUACUCAAUCUUUUCGACAGUACGGCCCACCGAGUUGUCGGGAGCAUGCCUCCACCAGUGCCAACACCUGACAUCAAUGCACAGAGUUUUGAAAAUCAUCAAUUACUCGGAAAUAGGGUGUCGAGUAGUCAGUCCACGCUGGCUAUGUCGACAUUAGUGCCUUCCCAAUCAUUGGAGCCCAUAAGCAACCCGUCAGUCGAUCCCGACGGAAAAUUAAUGCGCACAAGGAGCGUAUCAGAACCCGAUUUCGGAAGAAGUCCAAGGCAGGAUAAUGCUAGUUUGAUAAAGGAACCAAAUUCAGUUGGCACACAAGAAAAAGCAUCAUCCAGUGGCGGAACGUCUCGUUUUGGCCGUUUUGGUUUCGGAUCUCAACUACUUCAAAAGACUGUUGGAUUAGUGCUCAAACCCCGUCAGGGCCGCCAGGCAAAAUUGGGCGAGUCGAAUAAAUUCUAUUAUGACGAAAAACUUAAAAGAUGGGUAGAGGAAGGCGCGGAAACUCCAGCUCAGGAACCGGCCCUUCCUCCCCCACCCCCAACCACAGUUUUUCAGAAUGGAAAUUCCGAGUACAACUUGAAGACGGCAUUGGAAUCCCAGGCUUCUCUUAGCAAUGGGAUUCCCGAAAGCGGCAAUAUUUUGGAUAAUAAUUCCGGAAUGCCGCCACUUCCUCCGACAUCCAAUCAAUAUUCAGCCCGGGGAAGGUUGGGCGUCCGAUCUAGGUAUGUCGACACCUUCAACAAAGGCGCUGUGAAUGCGGCAAAUACCUUCCCUGUCCCAUCGGUGGCCAUGAAACCGGCGGCAGGCGGAGGUAACCCGAAAUUCUUCGUGCCCACUCCCGUCCCCGCCGCGGAACGUCAAAUCGAUGCGCCUGUGACCGCCGCCGGUAGCGACAAUCUUUCAUCCUUUCCUGGUACUCACUUGUUCGAAACAGCCCAAGACACUAGCGGCAGUCAUUCAGCCUUUUCUCCAACUCAGUCGGCUGCGCCUCCUCCUCCUCCGGCCAUGGCAAUGCCGAGAUUUGCGAGCAUGAACAACAUCCCGACGCAGGGGAGAAACGGCGGCGGCAGCGGCGGCAUGUUUCCGGCACAGUCGCGGCGCGUGGCAUCGUGGAGCGGGAGCUUCCACCACGACGCGCUCGGAAGUGGAAAUGCGGCGUCGGGUAUGUAUCGAUCAUCGUCGUCUGGAGAUGAACUUGAUGAAGUUCAGCUGUGAUCGGUUAUGGAGUUGGAGCAACACAAACUGUGUUGGUAGAGAGAAUCGUAUGUCGUAUCCCUCUCUUUGCGCUUUGUGUACAUUGCUUUGCCUUUUUUUUUUUAAAUACAUAUAUAUAUAUAUAAUUGGAUUUUUAUAAAUUGUUGUAUGGUUUUAGCAGCUUAGUUGGUUAUUAUAGAUUGAGGAUAUGUUUUGGUGAUCUUGAAAUAAUGGAGAAGGAAUGGUAAAUGUUAAAGAACAAUGGAUUUUGUAGAGGAGGCUAUGCCCCACACUUAAAUAAUUUCCAUACGUUCUCGAUA